AUAUAUACGUAUAUAUAAUUUUACUAGUGUUAACUAAUCUUUACCUUGAAAGAAAGUUAUCACUUGCAAUGUUAAUUAAUCAUUACAAAAUAAAUUAGUAUAUAAAAAUACAAACGUUUCCUGGGGAGAAUGUAAAGGAAGAAAUAUACCUUCUUUUGUGUUCCAUUCACAAUCGUUUCACUAGUAAGUUUUGUAGCGACGUGCAACCUUUUUAUUACAUAUUCAAUUCCAACCGGUGAAGGUAAACAAAUAUAUUAGAUCUAAUAUUAAAAUUAAAUUAAAUAAAUGGCUAAACAUCAUCCAGAUUUAAUCUUUUGUCGUAAGCAACCUGGAGUUGCUAUUGGCCGAUUAUGCGAAAAAUGUGAUGGCAAAUGUGUUAUUUGUGAUUCCUAUGUUCGACCAUGCACACUAGUACGUAUUUGCGAUGAAUGUAAUUAUGGAUCUUAUCAGGGGCGUUGCGUUAUUUGUGGCGGUCCAGGUGUUUCCGAUGCUUACUAUUGUAAAGAGUGUACAAUACAGGAAAAAGACCGCGAUGGUUGCCCCAAAAUUGUGAACCUUGGAAGCUCUAAAACAGAUCUGUUCUAUGAAAGGAAAAAAUAUGGGUUUAAGCAAAACUAUUAGCAUUGGAUAUUAUAUAUACAUACCUAUAUUUUAUACUUUAAUCCACAAAAUAUAUAAAUUGAUAAAACCAACAUAUAAUAAACCUCAAAUCAAAGAGUAAAAAUGUGAAUUCAUCUAAAA